AUGACAGAGGCAGCGGGGCUGGUGCCCAAACGCAUCCUGGUGACGGGUGGCACCGGCUUGGUGGGGAGAGCCAUCGAGAGGGGCCUCUUCAAAAACAUCCGCUACAACCUGGAUUUUUGGAGGAGAAACAUCCAUAUCAAUGACAACGUCCUGCACUCAGCGUACGAGAUGGGGGUGCAGAAGGUGGUCUCGUGCCUCUCCACCUGCAUCUUCCCAGACAAGACGACGUACCCCAUCGAUGAGAGCAUGAUUCACAACGGGCCACCUCACAGCUCCAACUUCGGCUACUCCUACGCCAAGAGGAUGAUCGACAUCCAGAAUAGGGGCUACUUCGAGCAGCAUGGCUGCCGCUUCACCGCCGUCAUCCCCACCAACGUCUUCGGUCCACACGAUAACUUCAACAUCGAGGACGGCCACGUCUUGCCGGGGCUCAUCCAUAAGGUCUACCUGGCGAAACAGACCGGCUCAGCUCUGACUGUCUGGGGCACGGGCAAGCCCAGGAGACAGUUCAUCUACUCCCUGGACCUGGCCCGGCUCUUCCUUUGGGUCUUGCGGGAAUACGAUGAGGUAGAGCCCAUCAUUUUGUCAGUGGGAGAAGAAGAUGAAGUCUCCAUCAGGGAGGCAGCAGAGACGAUCAUAGAGGCAAUGGACUUCAGGGGAGAGCUUGUUUUUGACACUACCAAAGCAGACGGGCAGUUCAAGAAGACAGCCAGCAACACCAAGCUACGGCACUACCUGCCCAGCUUCCAGUUCACACCCUUCAGGCAAGCUGUGAAGGAGACCUGCGCCUGGUUCAGCACCAACUACGCCAACGCCAGGAAGUGAUGGGGGGCCAAUGC